CCCAGACACUCCCAAAAUGGCGUUUCGCAAGCGCAACAUCGCGCUGUCUCGCGCACCAGCAGGCGAAGACGCGUCAAAUGCGCCAUCGUCUCCUUCGAUAGCACAACCUGCACCAACACCCCCCGGUGUCCGUCCCUCACCUAUCGAUGGCCGCCCCACCACGUCGACCGGCACGCCUUCGCUCGAUGGCAUCUUAGCAGGUCAUGCUGGCCUGGCACUAGGGAACUCGAUACUCAUAGGCGAGAGUGGAACCACAGACUAUGCCGGCGCAUUACUACGGUUCUAUGCGGCUGAGGGAGUGGUACAGGGCCAUAAAGUGCAUGUAGUAGGCAUGGGCGAAGUGUGGGGUAGGGAACUGCCUGGCAUAUCAGAAGACAAGUCGGACAAGAGAAAGGAGGGGAAGGAGCGAGCAGAGAAGAUGAAGAUCGCAUGGAGGUAUGAAGGUCUGGGGCAGUUUGAGAGUGCUAGAGGGUCUCCCAAUGUGCAGAGGACAGCAGGUCAAGGCGAUAGUGCGACAGAAGAACAGAUGAUCUUCUGCCAUACCUUCGAUCUCGCCAAACGUCUCACGCUCCCUGUGGGGACAGCGAUCAACUACGUGUCAAUACCUCGCCCAGGCGGUUCUGCGUCACCCUUCCCUCCGAUUUUGCAAAACAUACGGCAGCAGCUCGAGUCGAACCCAUCACACACGAUCCACCGCAUCGUGAUACCGUCUCUCCUCUCACCAGCAUUGUACUCUCCUUCCUCGGCCCACCCGACCUCCGUACUCCAAUUCCUCCACGGUCUACGGGCGCUGCUCCGACAAUAUCAAACGCGUUUGACCGCCAUUAUCACAAUUCCCUUGACCCUAUACCCAAGAUCCUCAGGCCUUGUCCGUUGGAUGGAAAUCCUUUCUGACGGCGUCAUUGAGCUGUCUCCAUUCCCAUACUCGCGUUUGCAAGCGCUCGCACAAUCGGCAGGUACGACGAAGGACGAAGAGCGACCGCAGGGUAUGCUCGCCGUGCAUAAAUUACCAGUGUUCCAUGAGAAGGGCGGCGGCGGUGGAGCAGGAGACUUGGGCGAGGACAUGGCGUUUACGUUGAGUCGGCGGAAGUUUGUGAUUGCAAAGUACAGCCUACCGCCGAUGGAAGGCGACACCGAGGCGCAGGAGGAGGCCGUGAGGGAAGCAGCUGGCGGUAGUGCGAUGCCGAAGAAACAAGAUCUAGAGUUCUAGAAUGCUCAAAUCGGUGGCGUGUAGAUGAAGAUACCCUGUACAGCACCGAGAUGGGCAGUCAAGCCAUACUUCUUAUUGCAUGUGCCAACUCCUUCAUUCCGAGUCGCUGUCUUCCCCCAUCAUGUCUUCCAUCUCAAUUUGUUCCCAACCGCCAGUGCCUGCUCCCGACCCGAAGCCUCGUGUGUAGUUGCGACCGAACGAUGCGUUUCGAGGAUUGAAUGUGACGCCGGCGAAUCUUGCGCGGAAGCCGUCGCCCAUGCACGAAGAUGCGGCUAGAAACGCGAGAAAGAAGAUAAAUGGGAUGAAGAGCAACAGGCUUAGGAGGACUAGGACGUUCAUGGUAGGCUUGUGAUGUUGCUGGUGCGGUGAAAGAGAGCUGCACGUGGAAACCUUACCUAGGUAAGUUCGA